UGUUGAUCAUCGUGCAAGUUGUUUGUUAUUUUCUGUCGGCAUCAGAAUAUUGUUUUUUUUUCCUUAUUUUAUUUAAUAAAUUCUUUAAAUAAUUUAAUAAAAUACUUUUAAUUACAAUCAAUUAUAUUCCUUUUGUUGUGUUGUUGAAAGAAUAAAAGUUAAAUUAUGUCAAGUCCUGCUAGAACACCAGGAAGGAACAAUGUCAAUCGUGGUCAAAGAACUCCAACAAGAAGACCCUCUGCUCAAGAUGCUGAAACUCCAAUGCGAAUGGGAGCUCGAGCAGUCGCUUCGGACAAUGUCAGUCUGCCGCCAACUUCACCAGGCGGCGUUAGCGUCCCUCCAACAAGUCCAGCUCGAGCAGCUCCAAUUAAUAUGAGUGAAAUUGAUCUAAGUUCACCUUUGAAUUAUGGUACUCCAAGUUCCAUGGGAUCGAUUAGAACACCUCGAUCUGGUAUUCGUGGAACUCCAGUGCGUGCUCGCCCUGACAUUCGCACUGACAAACGCAUGAGACAAGUAGCAGUCGGGGCACCAGACUCGCUUGAACCAAUACCGGAACAACAUUCGGAAACAUCCGAAGCAUCAACAGGUCCACAGCUUGUUAUUUGGGGAACAAAUGUUGUUGUUGCCCAAUGCAAGACCAAGUUCAAGAAUUUUCUAUUACGUUACAUCGAUCCAGAUGCAGAACAAGAUGAAAUAUCUGAAAACAUUGAUGUCAACGAACCGUUGUACUUGCAAAAGCUUGAAGAAAUCCACACUCUGGAAGAACCAUAUCUCAAUGUCAAUUGUUCACAUUUAAAGACAUUCGAUGAGAAUUUAUAUCGUCAAUUGAUUUGCUAUCCCCAAGAAGUAAUUCCUACAUUUGAUAUGGCAGUGAAUGAGAUGUUUUUCGAAAAAUAUCCAGCAGCCAUUUUGGAGCAUCAAAUUCAAGUGCGUCCAUUUAAUGCUGAGAAAACUCGCAGCAUGCGUGCUCUUAAUCCUGAAGAUAUCGAUCAAUUGAUUAGUAUUUCUGGAAUGGUUAUUCGGUCAUCAAAUAUUGUGCCCGAGAUGAGGGAAGCAUUCUUCAAGUGUAUCAUCUGUUCGUUUUUUACAACCGUUGAGAUCGAUCGUGGUCGUAUUGCUGAACCAACUUUGUGUACCAAUUGUAAUACAAAUCAUUGCUUCCAGUUGAUACACAAUCGAUCGCAAUUCACUGACAAACAAUUGAUUAAACUUCAAGAGUCACCAGAUGAUAUGGCUGCUGGACAAACUCCACACAAUGUACUCUUGUUUGCUCACAACGAUUUAGUGGACAAAGUUCAAGCUGGUGAUCGUGUUACAGUCACAGGAAUCUAUCGCGCUAUGCCUAUGCAGGAGAGUAAUAGGGCUAGAAAUGUCAAGAGUGUCUACAAGACCCAUGUGGAUGUUGUUCAUUUCAGGAAGGUGGAUAACAAACGGUUAUAUGAAGAAGAAGAUGGAAAAGAUCACAUUUUCCCUCCAGAGCGUAUUGAAUUGUUGAGAACACUUUCUCAAAAGCCAGAUGUCUAUGAUCGUCUUGCAAGAGCUUUGGCUCCAUCGAUUUACGAAAAUGCUGAUAUCAAGAAAGGAAUAUUGUUGCAGUUGUUUGGUGGAACUAAGAAGAAGCAUGUCACUGCUGGAAGACAAAAUUUCAGGUCAGAAAUUCACAUUCUCCUGUGUGGUGACCCCGGUACAUCCAAAUCUCAACUUUUGCAGUAUGUUUUUAAUUUGGUACCAAGAUCACAAUAUACUUCAGGUCGUGGUUCAUCAGCUGUGGGUCUGACAGCUUAUGUUACCAAAGAUCCUGAAACACGACAGUUGGUUUUACAAACCGGCGCAUUGGUUUUGGCUGACAAUGGUAUAUGCUGUAUUGAUGAAUUCGACAAGAUGAAUGACUCCACUCGCAGUGUUCUACACGAAGUUAUGGAACAACAAACCCUCAGUAUAGCUAAAGCUGGUAUUAUUUGUCAACUGAACGCUCGUACUUCCAUUUUGGCUGCUGCAAAUCCUGCCGAAUCACAGUGGAAUAAAAACAAAAACAUUAUCGACAAUGUUCAACUGCCACAUACUUUGCUCUCCAGAUUUGAUUUGAUUUUCUUGGUCCUUGAUCCACAAGAUGAAGUAUUUGAUCGUCGUUUGGCAUCGCAUUUGGUUUCGUUGUAUUAUGUUUCAAGGCAAGAAGAAGAGGAUACCAUGUUUGAUAUGAGUGUUCUUCGUGAUUAUAUUGCUUAUGCUCGUGAACAUGUUGCUCCAACACUUUCGGAAGAAGCUCAACAACGUUUAAUUCAAGCCUAUGUUGAUAUGCGCAAAGUUGGUGCUGGUCGAGGACAAAUAUCUGCAUAUCCACGUCAGUUGGAAAGUUUAAUUCGUUUGUCAGAAGCUCAUGCUAAAGUUCGAUUGAGUACUGAAGUAACUGUUACCGAUGUUGAAGAAGCUUGGAGACUUCAUCGGGAAGCCCUCAAACAAUCAGCAACAGAUCCUCUCUCUGGAAAAAUUGAUGUGGGCAUCCUUACCACUGGAUUGUCUUCUGCAGCUCGUAAGAAGCGUGCUGAACUUGUUGCAAGUAUUAAAGACAAUUUGAAGAAGAGAGUUAAGGUGCCAACCAUUCCUUAUCAGAAGUUGUUCAAUGAGAUUCGUGAAGCUUCGCAAAUUCUCAUUACUCGAGAACAGUUCGAAGAUGCUCUUAAAGAAAUUCAAGACGAAGGAAUUGUCGUUGUUAUGGGAAAGAACACAAUAAGGGUCUGCUAAAAUUGUUGCUGUUUUCUUUUUUAUUAUUAAUUUACCUACUUGUUUAUGUUACAACCAUAAGUUCUUUUUUUAACUA